UACCCCACAUCCGCUAGCUCUGGCGAUAGUCUCUACAACAUUCCUAAUACUCCAAUAUUCCUCCUAAUGCUACCGGCACGUACACGUCCAUGGAAGCACAAGUCAAACAAACAGAACUUGGAGCAGAACAGAGAACCGAGGGUAUAACGAUGUUGUGACAUAAAACUAGGUAAGCGAAUCGCUAUUCGAUUGGUAAAUUCCUAAAGCGUCACAACUUGAACCACUUCUCCGGGUCCUCGCAGCAGCAGUGUCGUACGUUUUACUUUGUUUGUUGUCAGGGUCAACCUUCUUCCACUGCCACAAUUAGAGACAUUUGGAGAUCCCGCCCGCCAACUGCCGGGAGUCCGAGGCCUGGGACAAAGUGGACUAUGUCGAUGACUGAUAAUUACAUAAACUUGAACGACCACGACGAUCGUGUGCCUUCGGUUUGGAGUUUAAUUAUAAUCCAUUGAUUAUCCUAUAGAAGUUUACUCCAAUUAGAUCUCAUUAGUUUGACCUCUCACAUAUUCCCCGUAUAACGUGUAGGUGGUAUACAUCAAGGUAAUUUAGAGACAAAAAAGCAAAAGCAUAACCAUAGAAAUACCUACCAAUACAAUGGCAGCGCCGGCCGGGAUACCAACCCUCCUAGACCUAACCAUCGACAACAUCACGCCCAACACGAUCCGCAUUAACUCGCAAUGCCAGGACGCGCGGUUGAAGUACCUGAUGUCGCGGCUGGUGACGCACCUGCACGACUUCGCUCGCGAGACGCGGAUCAGCACCGACGAGUGGAUGGCAGCCCUCAACUUCCUCGUAGGGUGCGGGCAAAUCAGCAGCGACGUGCGCCAUGAAUUCAUCCUCCUAUCCGACAUCCUCGGGCUCUCCCUUCUCGUCGACAGCAUCAACCACCCGAAACCCGCCUUCUCCACCGAAGGCUCGGUCCUCGGCCCCUUCCACACGCACGACGCACCGACACUCCCCAACGGGUCGAACAUGGCGUCGGACCCGGCAGGGGAGCCGCUGCUCUGCAUCUGCACAGUGAAGGACGGGUUAGGGCGGCCGGUGGCGGGGGUCAAGAUCGACAUCUGGGAGACAGAUAGUAGUGGACACUACGACGUGCAGCACUCGGACCGCCAAGAGCCGAGUGAGCGGUGCGUUAUGGUCAGUGAUGCCGACGGCCACUUCUGGUUUAAGGGGAUUAAGCCUGUUAGCUACCCUAUCCCUCAUGAUGGGCCUGUGGGUAAGCUGUUGGAGAGAUUGGGCCGACAUUGUUGGAGGCCGGCGCAUUUACAUUUUAUGUUUGAGAAGGAAGGGUGGGAUCAUUUGAUUACGGCACUCUACGUCCGGGGAGACCCGUACGAGACAUCCGAUGCCGUAUUCGGCGUAAAACAGAGCCUCAUAAUCGACAUAGAUAAGGUAGAUCCCGCGACAGCGAAGGAGUACGAUUUCCCAGAAGGGGGUUUGCUAUUAAAGCACGAGUUCGUACUGACGACAAAGGAGGAGACGGAAAAACUAAGAGACGAGAAUGCCGUGAAGGCUCUCGCACAAUUGGGACUGCAGAUGAAGCUUGUUGAUCAUUUGCCUAUACCCGACUUAGACUGAAUAGAUAUAUUGCUGAUAUCUAGAGUGUAGGUAGAAAGGUUAGAAUCAAAUGUGUAUAUCGACUCGCAUAAUGAGAUGGUACCGGUUCGGGCCUCACUUUGAGUGCACUGUUUAAGGCACAGAAUUGUUUUAUGACAUCAAUAAAAUAUGUCUAGAGCAGG